GUCCCCUGGCACCAUCUGGUAGUGACCGCGCCGAGCCCGGUUGUCCCUCGUUCUCCGUGCGAACGCCAUGGCACCGCCCGUCCCGCGGCUCCAGCGACGACCACGACGACCACGCAGUGUCCUGGAAGUAGAGUGAAAGUCCGGGCGUGUCGAUCUGCAGUGCACAGUUCUCAGGGAUGGUGUGGGAGUGGGGAAGGUGUGCCGGUGGCAGGGGGAGGGAGUAUGGUGGUGGCGCGGUGUGAGGGUGCAGGGAUGCAGCAGCAUCCUUCCGUUGCGCCCACGGCACCGCCCCCUGGGUAUGGGUACGCGUGGCCGCCUCCCGGGGCCCCGGUGCUGCGGGUGUAUGACCGCCUCACCACACAGCUGCUACGGCAUGACACACUAACGGCGCUGGACCUUCUGCGCUGCCCCGGUGUGGCCACCAACAAGGCCGGGCCGCAUCACCACAACUACUGGCCGCACAAGGCCAGGUUUCCGCAGAACUACACAGCUGGUGAUGUGGGAUUUAGUAGUGGGCCGGGUGGGGCCUCGGGAGGGUCGCUAAGACUCUCCCAAUACCCCACAACCCACCCUCCCCCGGCUGCUGCCCCACAGCCUCCACAAGGGCCCCCACAGUUGCGCACACAGGGACAGCCGCCUCCCCAUAACCAGCACCCAGCCUCCGCUGCUCCCCCUGUGCCGCACUCGCAGCAUCUCACGCAUACCCACGCUACGUUAUCACAGCAUCAUCCAGUCUUACAGAGUGGAGGUGUAGGUGGGCACGGCACAGGUGGAGUGGGCCAAGGAGUGGGUCAGGUUGGUGGAGUGCCACCUGGGCCAAGCCCUCAGCCUCCGGGACCGCCACACGACCUCAAUACACAAGCACUCCCGCCAGGUUCAACACAGCAAAUACAACAAGGCUCAGGAGGGACCUUACCGGUGGCAUCACACAACAUGAUGUACUCCACUACGACACAGAAUCAGCCCCAGGGACCACAACCUAAUGCUCAGGGUCAAUAUUACCCUCAUCCCGGAGGACCAAGUGCCCCACCACACUUGCACUCCAGUGGCCAACCACGGCAGGUCACCAUAGCGCAUUCACACAAUAUGGCAAAUUUUCCUGUUAUGCCAGGCAUGAUGCCGUUUUACCCCUCUGCCCAUAAUCCGGGAAGUUUAGUAUAUCAACUAUCACCGAAUGGGAUACGCCCUAUCCUCAACGGCGUGCCAACGGGGAGAGGUCGAUGGAUGUCCAACCGUGCGUCCCACCCAACUGACCUAGAGUUUCCAAUGGGUCCGCCACGGCAGGCAACGCCACACACGCAGCCUGGGCAGUACCAUCCCCCACAGAUGACUCAGCCUCACCCCACAGGCCACUUCCAGCCCAUGCAGUACCACCAGGCUUCGGGAGGUAAGCACGAGGCCACACCUACCAUGCAGUUUCGGCAGCCCCAGGGAGUGUUUUACCCACCAAACAGUCAACACCAGCAGAUGAAGCCAGGUUCAGGACAAGUCCCACAAAGGGAGCGCAAGACGCUAGCAAUUGUAGACCCUAAUACUGGUAAAAACAUUCUUGAUGACAUGAACAAUGCCAAGUUUGACAAGAGCCCAACUCCUCCCCAGUCAUCAGAGUCUAGUGCUAGUAACACUCCAGCACCAAGCGGAACGCCACCAAAUAAAGCAGAAUCGGCACACAUAGCAGCGCAAUUUGCCGCAGAAGUAGCAAAAAAAGCAGCAGAAAAGGAUACUAUGGAAAUAGAGACAGUAGAUAAUGUAGUUAGGACUAAUAAACCAAGUGAGUCUAGCUCUAGUAAUGUAAUAAAUAGUGUUAGUAGAGAAAGUAAAGAUAAAUUGAACAAUAGCAUAGCAAGUAAGGCCGAGUCAGUGAAUAGUGAAACAGUGGACAGUGUUGGAAAGGCAGUUCCUGAAUCAGUGGAGGUCAGCAAACCUCAGCCCAAACAGCAGCAACAGCAGCAGCAGCAACAGCAAGACUCUCAGCCAUUGCCACCACAGCCUAUGCCUCAGCAAGCUCAGCAACCUUUACAGCAGUUGCCACAGCAGCCACCACAACAGUUGCCACAGCAGCAACCACCACCACCUCAACAUCAGCCACCACCACCACAACAUCAGCCACAGCAACCACCACCGCAGAUACAGCAGCAGCCCCCACAGCAUCAAGCACAGCAUCAACCACAGAAGCAAAAGUCCCCAGCUCCACAGCAGCCAGUACAGCCCCAGGCCCAGCCUCAACCCCAGCCUCAGCCCCAGGCCCAGCCACAGCCACAGCCGCAGCCCCAACCUCAGUCCCAGCCGCCACCGCAGCAGCAACAGCAGGCUCAGUCCCAGGCCCCGGCUCCACACCAGCCCCAGAUUCCCCCCCAACCCCAGGCUCAGCCACAGGUUGCCCCUCAGGCCCAGCCAAAGGCGCAGCCCCAACCCCAGGCACCAGCCCAGCCUGUACCGCAAAAGCCAGUACAGCAACAGCAGCAGCAGCAGCAGCUGCAACAGCCGUUGCCAACAUUGUCACAGCAGUCGUCAGAAUCGACCCCUCCUCAGACACAACCGCAGCAGCAGCCACUGCCGCAGAGGCAACAGCAACCACAGCAGUCGCAGCAACAGCCAUCACCACCACAACAGCAACAACAGCAGCAGCAGCAGCAACAACAAACACCCCCACACAGCUACAGAACUCGCAACCUCCUCAGCCGCAGGGCCAGAAGCGCCCGAACCUUCAAAAGCCCGAUCGUGGUGCCGCCGUUGAAGGUCACUCAGCAGCCUGAGGCCAAAGAAAGCGCGGCUAGCAAGCCUGAGCCCGAGCCGGCCCCUGCUAAGCAGGUGAACAACAAGGCGGCCCCGGCCCCUGCGCCCAAGCAGAAGGAGAAGGAACCCACGCCCGAGCCGCAGCCUGUGCAAAGCAAGCGUGGAAGGGGGGUUCCCCCAGAAGAAACCACACCAGCUAGGGAGACUGUGGAGGAGCCUCCAGCUCAGCCCCAGCAGCCACAGUUACCAAGCCAACCCCAGAAGGCUGCAACACCACCUGCAGCUCAAAAUGCCACCAAGCCCACUAGCCAGCCUGUUGUUCAGCCUCCAAAGGAGAAGACACCAGAGCUAGCUCAGCCUGUGAAAACACAGCUGCCACCAGUGCAGAAGCCGGCAUCAGCUCCCUCUUCCAAAGAGGCAACACCCCAGCCAGAGUCCUCCCCCUCCCCCCCAGAGGAGGCGCCUAACGAUCGUGCCUCGAAGGAGAGGGAAGUGAAUAGCAUAGAGCGGGAGGUUAACAAUGUUCACGACGAGGAGGAGAAGGAGGAUGAUGGUCCUCAGCUGAAGUACAACUAUAAGGAUGAUCAGUGGAGCCCUGUAAAUCCUGAUGGUAAACGUCAGUAUGACCGCAGAUUUCUCCUUGAGCUCCAGAAUAACCCACUUUCCCUUAAGAAGCCUGAGUCCCUCCCAACUUGGAGGUGGUCCGUGAUGGUCCAGGAAGGCUUAAACCUUUUGACCGGGGUGUAGGGGUUUCACACGGCAGCAGUGGCCCAGACUUUACUCCUGAUUACUUCAAGUCUACAGUUCCAAGCAAGAGAGGAGUACCAGGGCGCAAUAGCCAACAGCGUCGAGAGCCAGGUGGAGGACCUGGGAGCAGAAACGACAGAGGAGGAAGUGGCCGCGGACAGAGUAAGGUCAUCAUCAUCCCUCUCUCAACCGGCGUGAGACUAAGCUGAAAACAACAGAAAAUGCUUGGAAGCCUUCUGUUAAGGAGUCAACUAUUAAUGAUGAGGAAGCUCAGACUAUUGAGGUGGUGAAGAGGAUGAGAGGUAUCUUGAAUAAACUGACCCCAGAGAAGUUUGAGAAACUGGUUGGUACAGUCAAUCAGAUGCCCAUUGACACCACAGAAAGACUUUCAGCUGUGAUUGAUCUUAUUUUUGAAAAGGCUGUGGAUGAGCAGGGUUUCUCUUCAACCUAUGCUCAGAUGUGUCAAGUACUCUCCAAAAUGUCUGUCCGUGGGGAGGGUUCAGACUCCAGCAAUAGUGGCAAGUCUGAGGUUAAAUUUAGGAAUCUUAUAAUUAAUAAGUGCCAGAAAGAAUUUGAAAAAGAUAAUAUGGAAGAAUUUAAGGCCACUAGACGGAAA